ACAAGUAGCAGCAAAACAAAGAACCCUUUCUAAACCCUGCUUGCAAAUCCUCCUUCACCGCUAGCAACCAACCAUGUCACCCAGCUUCGUCUUCGAACCUCCCAGCGAUGAAGAAAUCGAAUACUCCGAAGAAGAAGUAGAAGAAGAAGAAGAAGAAGAUGAAGAAGAAGAAGCCGAGUCAGGAUCAGAACCAGAAGAGCAAGAGCGCAAGGAACUGCGAGCUUCGAAGGCGAAGAAGCAGACACAGUCUCCAUGGGACUUCGCCAAGUACUCGGAAUCAGUGGCGGAGGAACACGCUCGCAGGAGCACAACAUCUGUUGACGAGAAAAUCACUGCCCUUAGACUUCGUUCCACGCCGCUCAUUCAUGCCCCCGACCCAGAAGAAGAUAAUAGCUCUGAAUCCGAACCUGAUCAACAAGAAGAUUAUAGACCGGAAGAAGAAGAGGAGGAAGAGGGCAAUGCUGGUGAUAACAAGCCUUAUUUUGCUUCUUCUGAUGGAACCUCUUUCCAUGCUGAUUCCUUCAUGGAGCUCAAUUUGUCUCGCCCUUUACUCCGGGCUUGUGAGGCCUUGGGGUAUUCUAAACCAACACCAAUUCAGGCGGCUUGUAUACCAUUAGCAUUAUCUGGGCGUGACAUAUGUGGAAGUGCCAUUACCGGGUCCGGAAAGACAGCUGCGUUUGCACUACCCACUUUAGAGAGGUUGUUGUUUCGUCCAAAACGCAUGCACGCAAUAAGGGUCCUUAUUCUUACUCCAACCAGAGAGUUGGCAGUCCAAGUUCACAGUAUGAUUGAGAAGCUUGCUCAGUUUACUGAUAUAAAGUGCUGCCUGAUUGUUGGGGGUUUGUCAACAAAGGUGCAAGAGGUUGCCUUGAGAUCAAUGCCAGACAUUGUUGUGGCUACUCCUGGACGCAUGAUAGAUCAUUUACGCAACUCUAUGUCAGUGGAUUUGGAUGAUCUUUCUGUUUUAAUCCUUGAUGAGGCAGAUCGUCUUUUAGAGCUUGGAUUUAAUGCUGAAAUUCAUGAACUUGUUCGCAUGUGUCCCAAAAAAAGGCAGACCAUGCUGUUUUCAGCAACCAUGACUGAGGAGAUUAACGAACUCAUUAAACUUUCCCUGUCAAAACCCUUGCGUCUUUCUGCUGACCCAUCUACAAAACGCCCAGCAACUUUGACUGAAGAGGUGGUUAGAAUACGAAGAAUGCGGGAAGUAAAUCUGGAAGCAGUUCUUCUUGCAAUGUGCUCCAAAACUUUUACUUCUAAAGUGAUCAUCUUCAGUGGAACGAAGCAAGCUGCACAUAGAUUGAAGAUUAUAUUUGGAUUAGCUGGAUUAAAAGCUGCUGAGCUUCAUGGAAAUCUUACUCAAGCCCAACGCCUUGAAGCUUUGGAACAGUUCAGGAAACAGCAGGUGGAUUUUUUGGUGGCAACUGAUGUGGCUGCUCGUGGUCUUGACAUUGUGGGUGUUCAAACCGUUAUCAACUUUGCAUGUCCACGCGAUCUCACCAGCUAUGUUCAUCGAGUGGGUCGUACUGCAAGAGCUGGAAGAGAAGGAUACGCUGUCACAUUUGUUACCGAUAAUGACCGGUCACUUUUAAAAGGCAUUGCAAAGAGGGCUGGUGCAAAGCUGAAAAGCCGCAUUGUUGCAGAGCAAUCUAUACUAAAGUGGUCUCAAAUAAUUGAUCAAAUGGAGGACCAAAUUGCUGAAGUACUUCAAGAAGAGAGGGAAGAAAUAGCCCUAAGGAAAGCUGAAAUGGAGGCCGCAAAGGCCGAAAACAUGAUUGCACAUAGGGAAGAGAUCUUUUCCCGCCCCAAAAGAACCUGGUUUGUCACAGAGAAGGAGAAGAAGCUUGUUGCUAAAGCAGCAAAGGACUCCAUGGAUACGGGAAAGAGUUCCAGGAAGGAGGUAAUUAGUGCCCAAGAAGCUGAAGACCUCAAAAUGAAGGAAAAGAGGAAGCGAGAGCGAGAGAAAAAUUUGCCUAGAAAGAAGCGCCGAAAGUUGGAGGCGGCUAGAGAGAUGUUGGAGGACGAUGAGGGUUAUGAUGAAAAGCCAGUCGAAGGUAAGGGGGCAAAUAAGAAAGAAAAGGCUGGAAUAUCACUUGUCGAUAUUGCUUACCGACGGGCAAAAGCAGUGAAGGCUGUCAAGAGGGCACUAGAUUCUGGCAAGAUUGUGAAGAAGGUUAAACCGAAAUCUAGUCAUUCUUCGCGAAAGACUCCUUCAAGGCCAGAAGAGAUGCGCGAUCUAUUCCAGACUGAGAUAAAGGAUAGAAAACCAAGAAAAGGAGGUAGUGGAGCAGGAAAGAAGCCCAAGAGUUCAUUCAAAAGCAAGUCAAGGUAUAAGCGCAAGUAGUCUAUGAGGCUAUUAAACCUUGUCAUAACUUUUAUGCAUGGAAGGACAAUAAAUCUGCAACAGGUGUCAUUGCUUUGCUCAUACCAUAUCUACUCAGUUAUUGGAGGUCAUUAGAUGAGCUCCCACGGUGAAUUGCGGCUGAUUCCUUCGGUGUUUUUGGGUGGCCAUGGUGACCGGUGUGUUAUCAGUGACGGGAAUGAUGACAGUAACAACCACUGUCCAAUAUCUUUUUGUUUUUCCCUUGGUGAUUCCUUUUGUAUUAUCAUGCCACCUUGAUUCUUAUUUCAAUUUUGCCUUGUGAUAUAGUACCAUAUAUCUAUAGCUGCUAAAUUUGUAACUUAGCAUUAGAUUGAGUUCAGAAUGUUACCAAUAGGAAAUAUUUAUUACAGCAACUCAAUAAUUUUACUAACGUUCGUUUUUGCA